AUGGCGCAGUACUAUCCGCAGCAGCAACCCUAUGGAGCUCAAAGCUCAGCACAAAAUCUCCAGUUUUACCCAUCUACGUACUCUUCCGUAUCGGGCCACACAACCCCCUCUCAAGCUUCGUAUGGCCCAUUCGGCGGCCCGCCCAAUCCAGCGGCGCAGGGGUAUCCCGUUGGAGGAGGGGUUGGAGGCGGAUACGGCGGUUUUGCGUCCCCGACGGCUGGUGUGAGUGGGAGGAUGGGUGAACAGGGCGGGUUACGGAUGGGGUGGCUUGCUGCGUUUGGGACGGAGGGAUACGACGGUGAACCGCCGCUGCUCGAGGAGCUGGGUGUCAAUUUUGAGCAUAUUCGGACCAAGACGUUAACAGUUCUCAAUCCCUUUGCACGAAUCGACCAACACCUCAUGGACGACAGCGACCUCUACGGCGCCCUCCUCUACAUAGUCCUAUACGGGACCUUCCUCCUCCUUUCGGGAAAGGUCUUUUACGGCUACAUCUACGGUGUCGCCGUCUUUGGCACCGUCGCCCUCCACCUAAUUCUCAGCCUCAUGUCCCCCGCCUCCCCACUCGACCCCGCAGGCGUUGCAUCACAACCUUCAAACGCCGCAGACCCUUCCUCCAACUACGACCCGCACGCGAAACCCGGCUCCGUCGGGCACUUUUCAGCCACGCUAACUUUCCCCCGCUCCGCAAGUGUCCUGGGCUACUGCUUCUUGCCGCUCGUGCUGACGAGUCUGCUGGGGAUCUUGGUUCCUAUGGAUACAAUGUUUGGGUACCUGCUUACGACAGCGGCGGUGGGGUGGUGCACGUAUUCGUCCUCGGGUAUGUUCUGUGCUGUGGCGAGAAUGCGGGGGAUGAGGGGGCUCGUGGCGUAUCCGUUGGCGCUGUUUUAUGUUGUGUUUGGGAUCAUGGGAAUUUUCUCGUCGAGAGGCAGUGGGACGUUGGCGGCCAGAACGGGGACUGCCUGA